AUGGAGAAUUACCAAAAGAUCGAGAAAGUCGGAGAAGGCACAUACGGUGUCGUCUACAAGGCCCGAGAGGUGAACCAUCCGAAUCGGGUCGUUGCCUUGAAAAAGAUCCGCCUGGAGGGCGAAGAUGAGGGCGUGCCAAGCACCGCCAUCCGAGAGAUCUCUCUUCUUAAGGAAGCGAAGCACCAGAACAUCGUCCAGUUGCUCAAUAUCGUGCACGUCGAUGGCCACAAGCUCUACCUGGUCAUGGAGUUCCUUGACCUUGAUCUGAAGAAGUACAUGGAGGCUCUGCCUGUCCACGAGGGUGGUCGUGGUAAAGCCUUUCCGGGUAGUACGAAGUUGAGCGCCAGUCUGGGUCUGGGGGAUGCAAUGGUCAAGAAAUUCAUGUCCCAACUUGUGGAGGGGAUUUACUAUUGCCACAGUCACCGCAUCUUGCAUCGCGACUUGAAGCCACAGAACCUUCUCAUUGACCGCGAGGGUAACUUGAAAUUGGGCGACUUCGGUCUGGCCCGAGCCUUCGGUGUUCCCCUGCGGACCUACACACACGAGGUGGUCACUCUCUGGUACCGUGCCCCUGAGAUCUUACUUGGUGGGCGCCAGUACUCUACUGCGGUUGACAUGUGGUCGGUGGGAGCAAUCUUCGCUGAGAUGUGCACACGCAAACCCCUCUUCCCAGGUGACUCGGAGAUCGAUGAGAUCUUCAAGAUCUUCCGACUUCUUGGUUCCCCCGACGAAGGAACAUGGCCCGGUGUCACCAGCUUCCCGGAUUACAAGUCUAGUUUCCCCAGAUGGAAGCGUCCUAUUGGUCCUUUGGUCCCGGAUUUGGAAGAAUCUGGCUGCGAACUGCUGGAGGCUUUCCUCGAGUAUGAUCCUGCCAACAGGAUUUCCGCGAAACAAGCGCGCCAGCACCAUUACUUCGGCAAUAGCAGCUCAUAUUAUCCCAACCGUGCCUAA